AUGUAUCGAGAACUAAGUAUUUCCAGCGAUGUUCCUGCUGUCAAGCUGACUACAGCCCUCAAGACGGGUAAGCUAAGUCUUACAGCAGAUCAAUCAAUAGGAUCCGGUGCUGUUAUCCAUCUCCACCCUACAUCAUACGAGAAGGCUAUGAAAUCACGUAAAACAGGACGAGGCGUGCGACUCGAUAUUACCCGACAUGAAAUCAAGAAAGGCUACAAACGAGCUCAAGGUGGAUCCAUCUGGAGCAAAAUCAAAUCGGGAUUAUCGUCAGCAUUCAAAUUUGUGAGAGACAGUGGAUUACUGUCGAAAGCAGCGGACGCAGCAGUGCCUGCUUUGGCGACAGCCUUAGGAGCCCCUCAAGCAGCUAUUCCAGUCAGAGCAGCAAUUAAGUCUAUGACAGGUGUUGGUAUUUACGAUAGUGAUGGGCAAGUCCCAGAUGUAGGAGGUCGUAUUUUCGUAGCAGACGUGAAGAAAGCAGCUAAGUCUGCGCUUAGAUAUGCAAAACGCAAGGGUGUCCUUACAGAUGCAGUCAAUGUCGGGGAAAACUAUCUUCUUAGUAAGCAACGAAACCUGAACAUGAAACGCUUAUUAAACCAGUACGAGGGGAAGUCAGACGACACUACGGGGUAG